UAUCUAUGGUGGUAAACAUAGAUUAUACACAUAACGUAGUAAAUCAAGGUUGAAGGUAAACUCCGUGAUCGUGUCGUGUAAUGUAAUUUGAUAUUUAUUAUAAAAUGAAUGUAAAAAACAACAAAAUGGAUUCAAACCUAACCGGUAUGUGGGUAAGUUUCUUCACAACAGCUGGUAUACCAUCAGAUGUGGCUGCUACAUAUGCACUUACAUUUACCGAGAACAGGAUCCAGAGUGAUAUGCUGUUGGAUCUGAAUAAGGAGUACCUCAGAGACAUGGGGAUAACACGAAUGGGAGAUGUUAUUGCUAUAUUACGUCAUUCAAAACAAGUACACGAAAAUGCAGCUCGUGAUAAGGUGCUUAGUAAUACUAGUGUGAACAAGGUGCCUGUGGCGGCCAUCACAGGUCGCUCUACACUCCCACAACCUUCAUCACCGGCUAGUCGAAUCUUGGAACAUUACACUCGCAAUUCUCAGUCCGAAUCACCCAGCCCCUCACCACAAUUGAAACGGAAAGCAGUUCAACCUAAUGACAAUAUUGAUGAAAGUGAAAAGAACUUGAAGAAAGCACGUCUCAUUCGCUUUGGAUCAACAGGGCUGACCCAACUAGUUACCAGUGAAGCACCAUCUAACAAGCAAACGGUGUUCUCUCGUCUUGGUAGCAACGAAUCAGUUACCAAUGCAACAAAACCGUCCGCUAAGCCCAUAUACGCGAGAUUGGGUGCAAAAUCUGCACAAGUGGACCACGUCAUACCGAUGCAGAAAGAUGCCCUUAAAUAUGAAGGCAUAUUGAAAGCUUCCCCACCCACAAAGAAAACAGUGAUGGUAACUACUUCAAAGACGAACAUCAGAAAGAUCAACUGUACCAUGAGAGCUGAUGAGAUACCGGUCAGCGUUAAAGAAAAAUUAGCCAAACCUAAAUCUGUGAAAUUUUCAAAUCAAAUACAGUACAAAGAAAUUGAAAUAAAUAAAAAGAUUCAACCCAAGAAAGCCACACAAAUUUUUAAUAAACCAGAGAGGAGAUUGUCUAUGACUGAAACCAGUGUAAAAUCCAGAUUGGGCAACCAAAGUGCGAAUAACUUAACCAUUACGAGAAACGUUUUCAAUAGACUUGGUGUUUGAUCGUGUUUUGUUAAAGUGACUGUGUUCAAAUGUGAAAAUGUUCAAAGAAUAGUAAGUGAGUCCAGGAAGCAAACAAUAUAAUGUUAUUUGUUUUUAAUGAUUGAAUCAUAAAUUGUUUUUACUCUAUUUUUGUAAUGACAAUGCUUGGGGCGGGCAACCAACAUAGAACAAAAGAUAUUUGACUGAUGCCUGAGUCUUGCUUGCGACGUUUUCAAAAUAAGUUUACAUAUAUACAGAUUCCGAACAACGGAAUUGGGACCAUGGGUCUACCAAUAGCAGAGCAAUAUCACCCACUCAGUGGAAGAUCUUCCCUUCGUCGUUAAACCUCCCAUAUGUUCAAUAACCCAUUCUAUCUGAUAAGGAAACUAAGGACUUUUCUUACAAAAAAAUUAUAAUUUGCAUACACAUGUAGGAAGGCAGUCAGAAGCUAGGAACUCAUACUAAAAAAAAAAAAAUAUUGACACUAAUUGUUCACCGCAAUGCAUUUUCUGAAUUUUAUAGAGGUAGGUUCCACCACCCUGCCUGUUUUUGCCGCGAAGCAGUAAUACGUUUCGGUUUGAAGGGUAGGGGGCAGCCGUUGUGCUUAUACAACUGAAACAUAAAACUCUGGUCUUAAGUGGGUCGUCCACCCCACUAAGCAAUAUGGGUGUGUACAGUUGAACUGUAUGCUAGUUUUACUGGUUUCACCUAAAAAUUGCUUUUAAUGAAUAAAAGUGAGUAAGACCAGUUUACGAAAUUUGCACAUCACCACCGAAACCUCAAAAUGUAGACAUUUCCUCUUUUGUUUGUUAUUGACAUUUAAACAAAACUGGUUCUAUUUUUUUCUAUUCGUUCUAACAGUUCUUCAAUAUAUUUUUUAAAGUACUAAAUUUUUUAAUGAAACUAGUUUUUUGUUAUUAAUAACGUUAAAGAACGUUCAUAGCUAUUAAGAAACAAAAAACGAAACGAAAAAAUCAGUUUAGAGGUAGAGGGAGGAAAUGGCUUUGACUGACUCGGUAGUGCAGUGAUUAGCGCCCCUGACUGUUGCGGCAAGGGUCGUGGAUUCGAUUCAAACAUCGGGCAAACCUUUGCAAACGUUUGCUCUUUGUCUGGGUUUUUAUUAUCUAUAUAUGUAUUUAGACGUAUAUAAGUAUGCAUGUCAGUCUAUGGUACCCAUAACACAGUGCGUUAUUUGUUCCCUGUUAUUUAUUUAUUAUAAUGGUACUUAAUUCUUUUGUCUUUGCCAGUUACGUUUGCUUUUAUUUUCCUAGCUGUGCUGAUACCCUUGAGAGGCUAUACCAGCGUUACUGUAGCCGCUAGGGCCUAGCGUGUAGGUGAGCUCACGGGGCUCAAACCGAAAGUGUUGCUAAUACUGGCCCCAGCAAGAGCAGUGUUUCGUACCACCGGAUCGGAAACGCGAUCCACUGAGAAGAUCCGGCGAGAAACUCAGUGGGCUGUAUCUGUUGGUCAAAUACGUUUGCCGUAUACUGAGUAUACUAUAGUAGAAUUAUUUUGUCCGUGCAGUUUGGGUCAUAAAACAUAGCCCGGCUAGGGCGGUGAACAUGUUGCGCGGGCGCAACGCCAUUAUCGAUAAAAACAAAUGAGUCAUCGAAGGCAGGUACACGGCGGCGGGGUGGUAUACGAAGGGUGGUGAGACACGAGGUGGUGUUAUGUUACGAGUCAUUUGUUGCACAUACCUCCAAAUUAUAGUACAUAUGUCGAAGAGAAAUGUGAUUUUGUGCAUUCGCACUCUGAAUUUCUUCAGUGACACAAUGGCUACUCCUUUGUUUUGUAACAAAACGACAGAAUUUAUUCAAAUAUUUUGCUUGUUGGCAAAAAUAUAUACCAGCACAAGCACGUGUUAUUAUCAACAAUGUGUUAAAAUUUUUCACUGAAAUGAGAAUAGACCCCGAAUAGUUACAAAGUGUUAAUUUCUGCCGUUCUCGUUAACUUGCUGCGGCGAUAUGUGGUGUAAGUGUUCGAUUAGUGAUUUCAUUCAUUUUUAUCACUAACCCACAAAAUGACAAAACUAAAUACACUAUCGAUAACGCUUAUCGACAACAAUAAUGCGCAUCACUAUGCCCGUCCAUAAGGCUCGUGAGUGGAAGAGAGAGUGAAAUACUCGCUGCACCGCUCCGAUUUUUUAUGACCCAAACUGCACGGACAAAUUAAUUCUACUAUAGUUUAUUUGUAUGUAAUAGUAUACUAGUUUAUUUGUAUGAAUUUGUGUGUAGUUUUUUUGUCUUAUCCUCGGCUUUACAACUUUUUUCUCUAAAAUCUCCUCUAUCAACAUAUGUAUUGGGACUAAUUUUAAAUGUUAAAAAAAUAUAUUCUAAUUUAAAAGCUUAAAAAUUAAAUAGAUGUCCGUCCAUAGAGGUCGGGUGGACGUCUUUUGUCGAGGUGUGUCGGUGAUCGUAGACGUAUGGGGAUAGGAUCUUCAGAGUUUUGAUUUUUAUUUGAAUUAGAUAUUGUUGUUUCAGUAAACAUAAUUACUUAUUUGAUUUUUGUAAUUUGAAAUACGAUUUAAUGCCACCCCUGUAUUGUAUGAAGAAGUGGAAUGUUUUAAUUUUCCUAAUAGAUACAUAGUUUUGAUGUGUUUGUUAUGUUAUGUUAUGUUAAAAUUUAUUUUUAUUUUUGUCGUAAAGUUUGCUAUAACAUAAGUUUUGUGUUUUGUAACAUUGUAGUAUAUUAGGGAUUUGUGACAUAGAAACACAUUAGAUAGAUACAUAGAAGUAGUUAUGCUCUGGCUCUCUGAUUAGCGCUCGGACCCCCGGAUCUUUUGUGUCUAAUUUUUAAUCGAAUAAUGUUUGUUUGAAUUUCGUUUCUUUAUUUUUAAGAGUCCUAGAUGUGUACAAUGAGCUAACAGUCCUCAUGGUGCCGAAGUUAGAAGUCCACGGACCCUACAAACUUUCGCGACGCGUGGUUGAACGAAUAUAGAACGUAAGUUAUCCAUUCACUUACGCAGCCGCCUAUACCUAAUUGCUAACCGGACUGCAUUAUUGCUUCGUGGUAGGUACAGGCAGGCUGGUGGUACUCACCCGCGUGGCCUUACAAGAAGUUACCAUCACGAAAAUUAGAGCAAUAAUGAGUGUUAUUUGAAUAUUGAGUUCAAUUAGUUUAGAUUGAAUUUUUUCGUGUUAAUCCUUUAAUUAUGUAGUAAUUAUGUAGGUGUACCUACUAGUCAAGCCCGGUGCACUUUGCCGUGAUUUUACUUCGAUCGGUUGGCUACGAAACUCUUUCACGCCCGUUAGGUCAAUCUGAGGGCUUAUUGAAUAUUGAAUCGAAAUCUUUCUAGCCGUUUCGGAGUCUACAGGGAAAAUACACUCAUCGACUUUUUUAUUCAUGGAUAAGUGACCAAAUGAAGACAUUCAUUGCGCUCGCUCGCUCGACAGUCGAUAAUUUACAGUUCACGCCAUAUUAGUGUACAGGGCGGGAAUAAGGGGAUCGUUUAAGUAAAAAAAAAACGGUUAGUCAUGAAAAUAUCCUUGAGCCCGCGGUAUCGCAGUCGCGGACCAGUCUCACCCCGCGCGCCCCCUGAGCGUGGGGACCUCGUAAGAGCUUCGGACCCCUAAAUGAGUGCAGUUGAAUGGCUUCGAACCCGGAGAGAUGGCGGGACAUCAUGAGACGCAUCAAGUCUGCCUCCACCAACACUACAUGACGAUCACGACCACUCUGUUAAGAGUGACACGAUUGAGAAGAAGAAGAAAGUCUCGUAAAACACUUUUGGCUUUGUACUUGUCGUGGUUUUUGCGCCCCGCUUAUAUAGUGAGGGUCGGGAGCUCGUAACGUAUGACUAUUGAACUAACAAGUAUUGUAACAGUUUUCCGGUUCGUAUUUAAUAGAACUAAUGUCAUUAAUUGCAAUUUAUGGUGCCUUUUUCUGUAAAAUUUAGGAAAAAUACAAUUUACAUGUAAACGUAAUAUAGAGAUAGAUUAUUUAAUUUGUCGCUUAGAAACGAUAGUCUUAUGUAAAAAAAUAACAAAGGGAAUCAAAACGGAAUAGCCAAAAUAGGAAUAGGAAUCUGUUAAGCACAUAAAUUGUACUUUCAACCUUCACUUGAAUCAGCGCCUUUGUAGUACUGUUUACAAUAACAGUUAAAAAAUAUACAUGCUUUAAAAAAAACCUAAAAAUACAAUAGUAACGUGGGUUGUAAUAAUUCUAAAUAUGAAAAUUAAUAAUAAUUAGAAUAGACUAAGUUUUACAUAACGAUUUAUUGUUUUAUGAAUAAAGUGUUAAAAACCA